CUUUAACUCUUCAAGAUACCAUGACCGCGUACGACACGCGAUAAGCUACCGUUACGUUGUACCACCUUUGAAAUGCCCCUCAUAUUCCGCGCUAUCAUUGCCCUCUUGUCUAUUUGCGUUGUUGCUGCCGCAGUUGGCAGCGUUUCCCAUACGGGACUAUCGCGAGCUGGCAACACUAAUAUAAACAUGGCGGUCAGCUGUUGGAAAUCGCAGAACAGUGGGUGAUUAGAGAAGUGGCCGAGGAAACGAAACGCGUAAUCGUAAGCGUCCAUAAAUUUCCGAUAAAACUUGUCCCACUACGCCAGAUGUCGUUCGAAGGACGCGACCGUCACAUAGGCCGGAAUUCGCAUGCUGCGGGAGCGUCCGAGGCUGACAGUCUACGACGGGACCUGCCAGUGCGAGCAUGAUACUACGGUGCCUUGUCGAUACGGCGCAUCGGCUGAUCAACUCCCAGUUGGCUCCGGCGAAAAGCUUUUUCGCACCCUACGCACCCGACUCCGACGGAGCGUUCAACUACCUGCGACUGUUUUCUUAGGUCGGCAAGAAAGUCAAGAUGCUGUACGUCUUCCUCGUCGAUACUGGCAAGAUGGUGACCUUUGAUAUGAAUCACGCCGUCGAAAGUGUGGAGCAUCUCAAAGCUGUCAUUCAUCAGCGGUUCAAUGUGCUGCCCGAGAAACAAGUGCUGCUCAUCAGCGGAGGCGAGAGUCUUCAUCCGACAGCUUCUGUAGGCAGCUACAGCGCGGGCACCGACACCAACCCCAUCUACUUCUUCAACAAGGUUUCUAUUGAAUCUGACACCCUCGACAGGUCCAAUGAACUCGUCACGUCGGACCAGGACGUGACGCUUGAAGUAGAAGCGGUGGUGAACCUGCCGCCCUCAUUUGACACUGUCGUUGCGAGGACGCAGCUUGCCGAGGAAUUCUGUGAGCGUGCUCGGCAGGAACUGAGAGUUUCUGAGUGUCUCGUCCAUGAACAGCACUUGCAGCAGCAGGGCUGGGCCGCUGUGGUUGCCAACCUCGACGACAUGACGAGGAGUCUGAAGAACAACGCAGCAGGCAUCGAACAGGAACUGACAGAGUUCCUCAGCAGCCACCAGUUGCACAUGGAACUGCUCGAGAG